CACAAUUUGUUCUAUCACUGUCUCUCUCUCUCUCUACCAGACACGAGACAUGGUUUAACAACAUAUGGAUAGUACUUCAACCCAACAAGAAGUAAGAGAACAAACCCAACAACAGCAUCAGCAUCUGAAGCAAUGUGCCCCAUUGGUGAGGCUUAGAAGGUCCACUAAUCCUAACCCAUUUUCCAUUCUCCUCUUCUGGGCGUCUAAAUCUCUUAGAAGUUUGUGUUUCAGUGUUCAUCUCUCAAAAGGGUGUUGCUUGAGAAGGAUUCAGUACCAUGGCAUGGUGAUUAACAACUCUCUUCUCUAUGCUUCGUCUGGUUUCCUUGGAGAAGGGAAAGUUGCUGCCAUGGAGGGUUUGAGUUUGCCUGAGAAGAAUGAAGUUGUUGAAGAAACUAUUAAGGUAAGUGAGAAUGUUGGUAAAAGAGAAACUUUUGGUGAUUUGAUUGAAGAAAAAGGUCGUGAGAGCAGUUCCAGCUCUGAGUUUCUAUCAUCUGAGACCACUGGUCAUGAAGAACAUAGUAGGAGUAGUAGCACUGAGGACUCAUCUUCACCACCUUCUGUGGGAUGGCCGGUUCAGGAAAUAGCUAUAUCAGAUUGUGCCAGUACUCAUGGAAGUGAAGACGGUGAGAAAAAGCACUUGGUCUUGGAGAAUAAUGAACUUGAGAAACAAGAUUCAGCAUUAUCAGAGAUUGAGAUGAUGAAGGAGAGGUUUGCAAAAUUGUUACUUGGAGAAGAUAUGUCAGGAUGUGGAAAUGGGGUCCCUACAGCUUUGGCUAUCUCAAAUGCUAUAACCAAUCUAUGUGCAACCCUUUUUGGACAACUUUGGAGAUUAGAGCCCCUGCGUUCAGAGAAGAAGGCAAUGUGGAGAAGAGAAAUAGAGUGGUUUCUUUCUGUCAGUGAUCAUAUUGUUGAAUUGAGACCUAAUUGGCAAACCUUUCCGGAUGGAAGCAAGCUUGAGGUCAUGACUUGUCGACCCCGUUCAGAUCUUUAUGUUAAUCUUCCAGCUCUGCGCAAAUUAGAUAACAUGCUUCUUGAAAUUCUGGAUAGUUUUGUCAAUACAGAGUUCUGGUAUGUAGACCAAGGGGUUCUAGCUCCAGAUACUGAUGGUCCAUCUUCUUUCCGGCAAGCACUGCAGCGACAAGAGGAGAAAUGGUGGCUUCCUGUGCCCCGAGUCCCUCCUUGUGGCCUCCAUGAAAACUCAAGGAAGCAGUUGCAGCACAAGCGUGAUUGCACAAACCAAAUAUUAAAAGCUGCAAUGGCCAUUAACAGUAUUACGUUAGCUGAAAUGGACAUUCCUGAGUCUUAUUUGGAAUCUCUUCCAAAGAAUGCUAGAGUCAGCUUGGGUGAUGUUAUUUAUCGUUAUAUCACAUCAGAUCACUUUUCUCCUGAGUGCUUGCUUGCUUGCCUUGAUUUAUCAUCUGAACAUCAAGCCAUAGAGAUUGCGAAUCGGGCAGAAGCUUCCAUGUAUAUUUGGCGUAAAAAGACCAACUCAAAGCCUGUUAGUGUCAGUGCCAGAUCUAGUUCAAGAUCAUCAUGGGAAAUGGUCAAGGAUCUAAUGGUUGAUGCUGACAAAAGGGAAUUGCUUGCAGAGAGAGCAGAAAGCCUUCUGCUUUCCUUGAAGCAGCGUUUUCCGGGUCUCCCUCAAACAGCCCUUGAUAUGAGCAAAAUCCAAUACAACAAGGAUGUUGGAAAAGCCAUUCUGGAGAGCUACUCUCGAGUACUAGAGAGUUUGGCAUUUAACAUGGUAUCGCGGAUUGAUGACGUGCUCUAUGUAGAUGACUUGACCAAACAUUCUGGUCAAUUCUCAUCCCUCCCAAAAGUUGGUGUAAUUACUCACAAGAGCAUUACAGUUCCUAGCUCAGUGCAUGUCCCAAGCACCCCUUACAAAUCAGCUUUCGGCACGCCAAGCCUUUCUCCAGCACACGGGAUUAGCCCUACAAAAGGAGGGAAAUCCCCAGUCAUCAAUAACAACAACCUUCCCCAAAGAGGGGCAGGGGUGAAGAAAGCCUUGACUGAUUUUCUUAGCAUUGAUACUAAAGGGAAGGAAUAUGAGAGUCCUAUUGAGAAACAAGUUCAAGAAUCUAAAACACUUGAUGAAGUGCCAGCAUUUGAAACAGAUGUGGAAUCCAGUGAUUGCACAGAAGGUGGUGUCAGUCCAAAUAUCUUGGAUCAUGCGUGGCAAGUGUGAAAGGAUGUGAAUCUUUUGUGGC